CUGGGUCCGCGAGGAGAGACUCCGGGACCUGUUCUUCGGGACGCGUUCGCGUCCAAUCUGUUGGUGCUGUAUCAGUGUACAAUUCAAUUGCUGCAUACAUGUGCGAAAAUGUGAGAAGCCGGUAACGUAAGGUGUGCGAGAAAUGAAAAUGUUGCCGCGCCGUGCACAACUCCGCGUUUGGAUUCCUCUCAUCGUCUUAGCAUUCUGUCAAGUAACGACAAGCAAACCAAUUAUCUCGCCAAACCAAGGACAAAUUGUGAUAAACGAAGGAGAAUCUUUAGACAUUACGUGCACUGGUUUCACACGAAUUAAGUUUGUUUAUCCUAACACCUUUGGAGAUACGGUUAAUACUUCAGUUCCAAGAACGAGUGAAGAUGAAGAAGAUGGUGUUUACAAAUAUGUUUUCCAAAGGCCAACAACUGUCUUUGGCGAUACAGGGUGGUACGGCUGUGCCGAUCGCAAUAUUGAAAUUAUUCCAAAUUCCUACGACGAUCCCGAGGUGAACUGGUUGUACGUUUAUGUGAAAUCCAACACAAAUUUAUUCGUGGAAGCGGACACGUAUGGUCAUUUGAGUGCAGUUGUUGGCGGUAGCAUCGUAAUACCAUGCAGACCUACAUCACCAGAUUUAAUACCUAUCUUGUUCGACAAUAACGAAGAAGAAUUAAAGGAGGCGUCAUUUGAUCCAAGAAUUGGUUUUACGAUGAGAAACCUACAACUGAAAGAUAGCAAUUGGUACAAGUGCUCGAUAGAAAAGGACGGCGAAGAGCACGCGGUCAAUUACGUGUUGUCCGUGCAUGUAAAACAAAAAUUGCCCGAACCAAAAAUUCAAGACGAUACCUUGCUACACGUUACACGUGGACAGGAUCUCUACGUGAAUUGUACUGCGAUUACGGAGAUAUCCAUGCGAUAUGUAUUUGAUUGGAACACACCACAAGAGAGAAACAAUAGAAUAAGCACUCAACAAUUCAUAAAAUAUCUCGACGGAAAUUCUGUCCUAGUUACGUGCCAAUUGACGAUACUUAAUGUAACAGACGAGGACGCGGGAGAAUAUGAGUGUUUUAUUAGGUCGAUUCAUGAUAUCAAGAAAGUAACGAAGAAUAUCACGAUACACGAUCCUCAAAUGAAAUAUAUUAAUCUCAUGCCGCAACAAUCUGAUAAAUAUUUUCAAGCAGAAAGCGGCAGCUACGUUCAAUGGAUAGUUUACGUCGAUGGAUAUCCAAAACCUCAUUUACAAUGGUUUAAACCGAAUCAUGAGGAAAUUAGAGAAAACUUAGAGAAAUAUUUUGUGAACACCAGUGCAACAGUAACCAUUUUGAAAAUAAUCUUAUUAAACGUAAUGGAUACAGGAAUUUAUACACUUGAAGCAAAAAAUGAUUACAUGAUCGAAAAAUUAAAUUUUACACUUGACGUUAUAGCUAAGCCAGUUUCCAUAUUGGCAACUAUUGAACCGUAUUAUCCACCUAAUGAAAAUACAGAAUUUCGUUGCGAAGUAAUGUCUAAUCCGCCUCCAAAUAUAACAUGGAGUUUUCUGAAGUGUCCUAAUUAUCCAUCGCUUCAGGAUUCAAUCAUUAUACAUCCAACGGAUAUAAUGCAAAGCACAACUUAUAACUCUAAAUUCGAAUCAACAGUAAAAAUGUCCAUUGAGGCAUCCGGAAAAAUAACUUGUAAGGCUUGUAAUGCCGUUGGCUGUGAUUCUGUGACUGAGAAUAUUCUUGUUUCUGAUGGAUUAGGCGCAUUUGGCAUUAUUGGACCAAAAGAUCCUGUGACAAAGGGUGAUGAUGUAGAAUUGAUAUGUGCCGCUUCCGUUUACAAUUAUACGAAUCAGUUUACGUGGGCUGUAUUUGCAAAUCGAACUGAAGAGCCAAUUGUGGAAACAGAAAGAUUACAGAUUGUACAAUAUGAAACACCAUUUACUUAUCGAUCAACGUUGAAGCUCCAUUAUGUUGAAGAAUCAGAUGCUCAAGAUUAUGUUUGUAUUGGCAAAAUAAAGGACGUGAAUCAUGAAUCUUCAGAUAUGCUUACUGAGUACUCAAAUUACAAAUUAGUUGUUCAUGAUCCGAUACCACCGUUUUUUAUUACAACUAAUAUGAAUAAAACUGAAGUAAAAACUAUCGAUGUAAUUGCCGAAGGCCACAAGACAGUGAUUUUGCAAUGUUUUGCAAAAGGAAUGCCAAAACCAACAGUCACUUGGUACAAGGAUAAUAUAUUGCUGAAGGAAAAUGAUCAAUAUUUUUUUAAAUAUGAUUAUCAAGAACUUAAUAUAAAAUACUUGAAACAACAUGAUAGUGGAAAAUAUUCGUGUCGAGCUAUUAGCCGAUUGGGCACCAAUGAGACUUAUCAGCAAAUAACAGUGAAAAAUGCAAAAGGUAACAAACAUGAUAUAAUAUUUGCUGCUAUAGUAGCUGUCCUGGGUUUAAUACUACUGAUUGUAGCGAUCUUUUUUACGAUUAAGAUUCGUCGUGAAAAGAAAAUGAGAAAGGAAUUGAUGGAAGCAGGUCUUAUGCACUUUGAAGAAGGUGCUUUAGAAUGUUUAAAUCCUGAUUUGACGGUUGACGAUCAAGCAGAAUUACUUCCUUAUGAUAAGAAAUGGGAAUUUCCAAGAGAACGAUUAAAGCUAGGAAAACAAUUGGGCAGUGGCGAGUUUGGCGUAGUAAUGAAGGCGGAAGCACAAGGAAUAUGUGAAGCUGAAACUGUCACCACUGUCGCCGUGAAGAUGGUUCGUCGAACUACUAAUCCAACUUAUGUUCGUGCACUUGCAAGUGAAUUGAAAAUCAUGGUGCACCUUGGCAAGCACUUGAAUGUUGUCAAUCUUCUUGGUGCUUGUACUAAAAAUAUUUCAAAACGCGAACUGCUGGUGAUUGUCGAAUAUUGUCGCUUUGGUAAUUUACACAAUUAUCUUUUAAGACAUAGAAAUGAUUUCAUUAAUCAAAUCGAUCUCAAAACUGGAAAACUCGAUCUUACUAUCGGCAUGGAUAUAUUGACAAGAACUGUCAGCGUCAGUAGUAAUAACAGGAUAAAAUAUGCAGCAUUGUCCUUUUCUCGCAGUCUUAGUGCAAAUUCAGACACCGAUAUGGUAGUGCACUAUUGUCCGGGAACGAAUUCGGACUCUGCAGAGGUUAACUUCUUACCAGACAGCUGCGUCAACAGUAAUUCAUCUCAACCAGGAUGGAGAUCAAAUUAUUGUGGUGACUAUAAAGACCAAAACCUCAAACCAAUUUGUACUCAAGACCUAUUGUCUUGGGCAUUUCAAGUAGCACGUGGAAUGGAAUAUCUCAGUCAAAGAAAGGUAUUGCAUGGUGAUUUGGCGGCAAGAAAUAUUUUACUUGCCGAGGACAACAUAGUGAAGAUUUGCGACUUUGGUUUAGCGAAGACCAUGUAUAAAGAUGGCAAUUACAAGAAAAAAGGUGAUGGUCCGGUGCCUAUAAAAUGGAUGGCCAUUGAAUCGAUCAGAGAUCGAGUUUUCUCAACGCAAUCUGAUAUAUGGAGCUUCGGCAUAGUACUUUGGGAAUUUUUCACUCUGGCUGAGACACCGUAUCCUGGUAUGGAGGCAGAGAAACAAUAUCAAAAGUUAAUUGAGGGCUAUAGAAUGGAGCAGCCGGAAUACAGUAUUCGGGAAGUAUAUGACAUAAUGUUACAAUGCUGGAAAGCCAAACCGUCACUACGUCCAAGCUUUACGGAUCUUGUAGAGAACAUUGGAAACUUAUUGGAAGAAAGUGUGAGAUUGCACUACAUCAGUCUAAAUACACCAUACAUGGACAUGAACACAAUAAAUCUGGAGAGCGGCAAAAACGACUAUUUAACGAUGAUGUCUGCUCCAGAUCAUGCAGUUUUAUCAUCACCGAAUCACGAUUACGUGAAUUCACCGUUCUCGAAAGGCGAAUCUGAUUCGUCAUACUUAUGCAUGAGUCCCGGUUGCCCGACAGAUGAGUCUGGGAUAUUUAGCCCUCGACCACAGGACCACAUGCAUUUCGAGUUUCCAUCUCCUGCGUCGGACUCCGAAGACGCGGUUGAGCUGUCCCCCAUGCUGAAGCCCGAGGAUCCCUAUUUGAAACCUAUUAAUGUUCAAGAGCGAAGAGCGGAGUUCUCGCGGCAGAGGCAAGCGAUGAAGAAUCAGGCGGUUGAUAGACCGAUCGAUCGAGAUUCCGGUUAUUGUAACACGCCGCGAAAUCUUCAUUUGAUAGAUCUGAACGGCACCGACGAAAACGUUGCAAACCCGGACAUGACAGACUCAAGAAAGAAAGGUUAUGCACCGUCCAUCAUUAGCACGCAAGACAAUUACGUAAAUAUGCCGAAACAGAAGAAUGAUCUGAGAAAUGGUAUGCCAGAUAGUUUCAGUAAUCCCAGUUACGUGAUGAUUAGUAACCGUGAGAUGGGCCAAAGAACUUAAUCUGUUUAGAAAUUUUAAUCGCACGCUCUUGUGUAGAUCACUUUAUUUUAAGAGUAAGAUUCAAUGCGAUUUAGUAAUUUAUUCAUAAAUCUAUACCGUAGUAAGAUUUUACUUUGUACUGUGUUAGUUAUAAAUGAUGUAUUUACAUCACAAUAAUAUCAUUGAUAGUAAUAGUAUAGUGAUUUAAUAACUAAUUUAAUAUUUGCAAAAUAUCUCUUAAUCGAUGUGCCAUGGCGAUUAAUAACAUAUUGAGAAUUCAACAGAAGUAAAAAAAAAGAAUAUAUUUUAUUGGAUAUACAUACAUAUAUUGCACAGCAAGAGAGUGAAACAGUAUAUUUCUACAUAAUACACAAAUAUUUUAAUUUUAUUGAUUUUUUCUUAUAACGGCAAUUUGUACAAUACAAAUUCUAGUUUACAAAGCUUUAUACUGUUUCCUCAUUACGUUUAUAGUGAUACUUUUUUACUGAACGACUAAAUUAUUUUAUUAAAUUACACUUUUUUUACUAUAAAGUAUGUAAACAGUGCCAAAUGUUAGAAUUAUAUGAGGAGAAAGUAGUAUUAUGGCUACUGUAUUACAGCUACUCCUGUUAUCUCCAUUGUUAGGUGAUCUCCAUUCUUAUGGAAUCAUUAGAUUUGUUUAAUAGCUUGUUGUUAUGGUAUAGCGUAAUAAUGGCCCUCUAAUAUGCCAAUACACAAUAACCGACAGUUAUUGUAAGGCAUUUUUACUUUUCAGUAUUUUGAAACUUUUACUAAAGUAUAUUUAAAUGUUUAAUUACACAUACUUUCUUAUUGUUUUCAAACUUGAGCAUAUUAUGAUAAGAAUACAUGUACACUCAAUUUUU